AAAAUUGCGAAUAAUUUAAAAACCUUUGUCUGGCAAUCAUGACAAACAGCUGACUUGGAGACUUCGAAAUUUUUAGUAACAUUUCCGUUUUUCAUUUUCUCUCUUUUCUUGUUUGUGAUUGCUAGACAAAGAUUUUUUAAGCGCAAAAUAAAGAGUGCUAUUUAAAAUUGUCAUAAGAGCAUUUAUAUACUUAUUUUUACAACAAGAAAUUCUUAAAAAAUCUUUAUAAUAUGGAAAAUGAUAAUGACGUGGAGCUGCCUCUUCAAAAAGGUUUAACAUCAGCAGCCAUACUUGAAGUUGGAGAUGCAGAUGGUGAUGAUAAAAUCUCACACAAACACAAUGAGGAUGAUGGUCAACAUAGUAGACAACAGCAGCAGCCCAGCGCCAACAUUACUCGAAUAAAACAACUUAAGUUGCAACAGCUAGAAGAGUCGUUGCAGAUUAGGGAGAGCUAUUUGCGGGAAAAAUUUAAAAUCCUCACUGCAGAUAGUGACGACGAGGGUAUCGUGGAAUCACAUUUGCCUGAAGUUGGGCCUCAGCUGAAUGCACAUCAAGCCGUAGCUGAUGAACACUUCUCGCCACAUGGCCAACCUCAUCUACAGAGUACACCAAGGUUAGUAAAUAAUCCAUCUCUUUAUACCUUACAGAUCGCUCCCACGCUUACGUCGUCUCAGCUAGCAGCGCGUCAAUGCAUACCGAGAGAUUUGCCUACGUUCCGCGGCGAUCCAGAAGAAUGGCACAUUUUUAUAAGUGCGUACGAGCAAACUAAGCAAAUCGCAGGUUUCUCCGAUUAUGAAUGUCUAAUGCGCUUACAGAGGUGCCUCAUUGGUAAAGCGCGCGAUGUAGUACGCAAUAUGUUGGUGUUGCCUAAUAUGGUUGGAGAAAUAAUAAACACUCUUCGUAUGUAUUUUGGACGACCAGAAAUAAUUCUAAAUAAGUUAAUUGAGAAAAUGCGUCAGUUACCGCCUCCAAGGGGUAGGCUGGGCGAUUUAAUUGACUUUGCAGUCAACAUUAAUAAUGUAGUUGCAACAAUUGAGGCAUGUAAGCUCAAUAGUUAUUUUAAUAAUCCACUCUUAUUACAUGAGUUAAUAAGUAAAUUAACUGAAGAUAUGAAGCUCAAAUGGGCACUACAUUCAGCAUCAAUAGCCGAACCUACACUUCGCGAUUUUUCAGCGUGGCUCUCAUCUUUAGCAAAUGCGGCAAGUAGGGUAGCUACACCUUCUUUUUUAGAUAAACCACUAAAAAAGGAAGGACGAGUGCACGUACAUCAGACAGCUGAAAUGACAACCACGGCAGUUAGGUGUUACAUUUGUGGCGGCGGACAUAAAAUAAUGGAAUGUGAAAUAUUCAAGAACGAGCCUACUAAUCAACGCUGGCGCAUUGUCAAGGAAAAGAAGCUGUGCCGACAAUGCUUAGGCGAGCAUAGGCGUCGCUGUUUCAGUAAUAAAGUGUGUGGCAUUGAUGGCUGCAAUGCACGACACCACCCCAUGCUGCAUUCUCGUAUAGACCAAUCUACGCCAGCAAUAUCUUCUACAGCUAACAAUGUUUCAUCGGAUAUAGUAGAACAAAUAAGUUUAAGUCCAUACUCAAACAAAGCGUUACUCAACAACCAUAAUUCAUCAGUGAAUAAAAACUGGUCAUAUUGCCGAAUUCUUCCAGUUACUUUAUAUGGCACCAAAAGGACUAUUAACACAUAUGCAUUGAUGGACGAUGGGUCAACACUAACGCUUAUUGAAGCAAGUCUAGCCGAUGAAUUGGGAAACGAUGGUAUCCAGGAUGCGCUAUGCAUUAAUUGGACAGGUAAUAUCAGUCGACAGGAAAAUAACUCAAAAAGGCUCAACUUACAAAUUUCUGCCAAUGCUCCUCAAGCUAAAAAAUUUCCAUUGAAAAAUGUCCGCACAAUAAGCAACUUACGCAUGUCAGCAGAAUCUUUUGCAGCUGAUAAAAUAAAACAAUGGUAUCCGCAUUUAGAUGGCUUGCCUCUAGCAAGUUAUACAAAUGCUGUCCCCAUGCUGAUUAUCGGCGUAAAUAAUCCAAACUUAAUUUCAGCACUUAAGGUGAGGGAGGGUGGCUGGCAAGAACCCGUGGCGGUGAAAACACGUCUUGGUUGGACAGUUUUUGGUAGUGGUGAAUUAAACCACCGUAACAACUUAAACCUACACAAAUGUAGCUGUGGACAAGAAGCUGAUAGGGAGCUUCAUGAGUUAGUAAAGACAUUUAUAGUAAACGAGAAUGUCGCGGUGGCUACCCCAAAAGCAGAAUUACUUUCAGUUGAGGAUCAGCGAGCAGAGGAAAUAAUGCGCAAGUGCCAGUUACGCGGAAACCGCUACGUUGUCAAUUUGCCAUGGAACACCGAUACGGUCGAAUUGCCAAAUAGCUUGCCGAUGGCAUUACGUCGAGCGGAGUGCUUACGUCGAAAAAUGCAUGGGGACCCUGAAUUGUGUCAAAAGCUAAAGGAACAAAUCACUACUUUAGUCAGCAAGGGCUACGCAACUGAGUUGCCACCAGAAGCAAUUAACGAGCGAGGUGGAAAGAUUUGGUAUUUACCAAUUUUUAUUGUGCGCAAUCUACUUAAACCGAAAAAGCAUAGAUUAGUUUGGGAUGCUGCAGCCAAAGCUGAAGGAGUGUCACUAAACGAUUUUUUGCUGAAGGGGCCGGAUAUGCUGCGACCACUUAUAAACAUAUUAUUAAAUUUUCGUAUAGGAAGAAUAGCUGUCUGUGGUGACAUUGCUGAAAUGUUUCAUCGAAUUCUAGUACAAGAAGCAGAUACUGAUGCUCAGAGAUUUUUAUGGUUCAGCGAGACAUUUAAAAAUAUUUGCGUUUAUAAAUUAAAUGUAGUUAGCUUUGGUGCGCGAUGUUCACCAUAUAUAGCGCAUUUUAUUCGAAACCUGAACGCAGAAAGAUUUAUAGCUGAAAAUCCUAGAGCAGUGUACGCUAUUAAAAACAAUCAUUACGUGGAUGACUUUAUAGAUUCAACAAAUUCCAUUGAACAAGCAAUAGCAUUAGCCGAGGCAGUUCGCAACAUACAUGAACAAGGUGGUUUCCAUAUGAGAAGCUGGACAAGUAAUGCACCAGAAGUUUUAGCUGCGUUAAACGAAAAUGGUGAACAGACGGGUAAGUCGUUUGAUAAUAAUAUCGACACACUUCCAAUCGAAAAAAUUCUCGGCAUGUAUUGGGACCCGAAGUCAGAUUGCUUUAAAUAUGUUUUAAAAUUCGUUCGUUUACGUCGUAAUGUUUUUGCAGAUGAAAUUGUACCCACUAAAAGAGAAGUACUUCAAAUUUUAAUGUCCAUUUUUGAUCCAUUGGGACUGGCAGCUUGCCUCACAUCAUAUUUAAAAAUACUUAUUCAGGAUAUUUGGAGAAGCGGAAUCGACUGGGAUCAACCACUGGUACCCGAUCUUAUGGGCAAGUGGUUAGCUUGGGUUGCCUGCAUGCCUAUUUUUGCUAAUAUUUCUGUACCCCGUUGUUAUUCACCAUACAUAACAGAAAGUUCAUGUGAUGUACAAAUUCAUACAUUCGUAGAUGCGAGUGAGUUUGCUUAUGCAGCUGUAUCAUACUUCCGCAUUAAAGAUAAAUAUGGAGUAAGUACGAGGAUCGUAGCAGCAAAAACCAAAGUCGCUCCAAUGCGACCGAUGUCUAUUCCAAGAAUGGAGCUACAAGCUGCUGUAAUUGGCACACGGCUUAUGAAUACAAUAUGUAAAGUACACACAUUUGAUAUUAAAAAGCGUUUCAUUUGGAGCGAUUCCAAAACGGUGCUAAAGUGGUUGCGUGGUGAUCCACGUCAAUUUCAACAAUUCGUAAUGUUUCGCAUUGCAGAAAUUCAAGAAGCAUCAACCGUCGAAGAGUGGAGAUGGGUACCCACGAAAUUAAAUACUGCAGACAGUGCAACGAAAACAAAACAAAGUCCCGAAUAUGUGCAGCGGUGGGUCGAAGGACCAGAAUUUUUGCUACAAGACGAGGAUAAAUGGCCAACUGAGGUGGACUUAGGUCCGAUGGAGACCAGUGAAACUCGUGCAAAAUUUUUAUAUCAUCGCGAGACACAACCAUGUUUCAAUUAUGAAUAUUUUUCAUCCUGGAUCAAGUUGUACCGUGCCGUUGCAAAUUGGCUACUCUACAUUGGGAAACUAAAGGCUCGUUGUGGCGGUUUCAAUGCUACAAACGUUAUUUUGACUGUUCAACAUAUUGAGCGCGCGAAGCUCUUAAUAUACAAAAGCGUGCAACAGGAACUACUUGAAGAUUGGUCGACACUGAAAAUGGGGAGAAUAAUAGAAAGGAACAGUCCGUUAUAUAGGUUGCAGGUGUAUAUGGAUAACAAUGAGCUCAUAAGAGUAAAAAACAGAGCGAGUAACUUUACGAAUGAGUGUAAAUCUCAAACUGAUUUUAUUUUCUUACCGCCAAAACAUAGAGUAUCGUACCUUAUAUGUGCGCACUAUCAUGAACGAUUUUAUCACAUCCAACAUGAAACUGCUUUAAAUGAGGUCAGACAAUUGUAUUUCAUACCAAAAUUAAGACCAUUAUUCAAAUCGAUGCGACGAAACUGCAACGUAUGUAAAAUUUCAUCGGCAAUACCUCAAGCGCCGCAAAUGGCCUUACUUCCCCCAGCACGACUAGCAGCUUUUCAACGUCCAUUUACUCAUGUGGGUAUUGAUUAUUUUGGACCAAUGGUGGUUAUUGAGAAUCGCAAAGCACUGAAAAGGUGGGGUGUUAUAAUAACUUGUUUGACUAUCAGAGCCGUUCACAUCGAAAUCGCCCAUAGUCUUAGUACUGACUCAUGCCUAAUGUGUUUAAGAAAUUUCAUUGCCAGACGAGGAGAACCUAUCACCAUCUACAGCGAUAAUGCAACGAAUUUUCACGGUGUCGAGAACGUUUUAAGAAAGGAGUUAAAGAACAUUGAUUCCUCGGUUAUGCAACACAAGCUAGCUCAUCAAGGAAUAGACUGGAAAUUUAAUCCACCGGCAGCACCACAUAUGGGAGGAGCGUGGGAGCGACUGAUAAGAACAAUUAAGACAGUGCUGUAUCAAAUUUCGCCAUCUCAACGGUUUACGGAUGAAAGUUUACGUACUGCAUUACUUGAAGUUGAAAUGAUCAUCAACUCGCGUCCUUUAACCUACGUGUCACUCGAUAGUGAAGAUGAGGAUCCAAUAACUCCAAACCAUUUCUUGUUGGGGAGCGCUAAUGGUUUGAAACCAUUUUGUGAUGCUAAGAGAAUCGAUCCAAAGAUGUGCCUGCUACAAUCUGAGAUGUUUGCAAAUCAAUUUUGGCGACGAUGGGUGCGUGAGAUACUUCCGACAUUAACGCGUCGCGGCAAAUGGUUCAAUAAAGUGAAACCCAUUACGGUAGGAGACGUUGUGCUGAUAGUUGAUGAAACGGCUAAGAGAAAUACUUGGGUAAAAGGCAUAGUUAUCGAGACAACCGUAGCGAAAGACGGCCAAGUAAGACGAGCUAAGGUCAAAACAACAAAAGGCUUUUUGGAGCGCCCUGCCGUAAAGCUGGCCAUUCUGGAUAUCGGUAAAGUUGACGCAAACGACAUUGGGGUCGCCUGCGGGGAGGAGAAUGUUGCCGAAAAUUGCGAAUAA